UAAGAGCUCUCCCUCUGCUCACCACCACUGCUCUGGAGGCUUUUCUGGACCAGAGAUCGACAGUCUGCAGUAAAUAUGGCAAGCGUGUGGUAUGGCAUUGUGGCCAUGUUGGCUGUGUUGUCCCCUGGCCUAUGUAAAGAGAAAGCCGUCCUGCAGCGUGCCGGUACGUUGUUUAACAACAGGGCUUAUUCUUCUAUCCUGACUGUGCCCAAUGGAGGGCAGUUUGGAAACUGGACCUGGCCUGAGAUGUGUCCUGACAAUUUCUUUGCUAUUGGGUUUAGCCUUAGGGUGGAGCCGAACCAGUAUGUUCAGGAUGACACUGCUCUGAAUGGAAUCCGUCUGAUCUGUGCCAAAAAUAAAGACAGAAGCUUCCUGUACACCGUUGAGUCCCACACAGGCUACUUCGGUGACUGGUCGCAUCCUCAGUAUUGCCCCAGCGGUGUGCUCACCGCCUUCCAGCUACGCGUGGCGCCCAAUGAGGGUAUGUUCGGUGACGACACGGUAGCCAACAACAUCAAGUUCGGCUGCAGCAGUGGUCCCAUACUGGAGGGACCCGGCCUCGACUGGGGUGAGUACGGCUACUGGAGCGAGGAGUGUGAGGAAGGAGGAAUCUGCGGCAUUCAGAUCCGGAUGGAAGACUACCAGUAUGGCCUGGACGACUCUGCCCUCAAUGACGUGCUCUUCUACUGCUGCAGUGGGCCUAAAAAGUGAUCCGCUGAACAACUCCACUGAAGUGACCAGCGACCACAUCGAACCAGGACUAAUCAGCGAUGAUAUCCUAAUUUACGGGGUCAAAUAAAGUGUUUGUUUGAACUGAAA